CGUUUAUGGUGGGAUUUUUGCGGAAUACUGAAUUACGGUCAGGGUCGGAAGUUCGGUGAGCGGUCAGUUCGACAUCAGCGUAUUCAGCAUGCAUGGAAGCAUUUUCAUUUCCUUCGAGACUCAUCUGGACGUCCCAUGCCUAACUUUUAAGAUCCCACGAGUUCGGGAACAAGGAGAAGCUGAGUUCGAUGAUGGAUCGCCCUCAUCAUCCUCAGUGUUUACCGAUGCGGGGUUGGUCACACAGCACGGCGGGGUACCCACUUCUCCAGAGAUAAGUUAAAGGUGGCUAUCACGGUAAACAUGUAAGACUUUUUUUCCUGGAUACACAAGUCUCGAAUCAGAAUCAGUGGCCGGAAAUCAGAGAAAGAACAAUCUACCAUGGCAGGAAUCCAAUCCCAACUAGACUCCGGAGCAGUACCCGGCCACAUUUCCAAUGUCUGCCCACCAGGAACAAAACUAUGGCUACUCGAAUGCGGCUGGCUAGCCUGCGACGAAGGCUUUGUGAUCCGCGGCGGUAACACCUCUCUCGCCUCUACAGCCGGUAAACCAUUCGAAAACAAACGCCGCAACCUCCCAGUCUACUGCUGCUUGAUCUCCCAUCCCCACGAAGGUCUUAUCCUCUGGGAAACAGGUUGUGGAAAAGACUAUCCAGAAGUCUGGGGACCCCAAGUGGCAGAUGUGUUCAGUAGAGUCAAGUAUGAUGAAAAGCAUGAGUUGAGAAAUGCGAUUGCCGCGACUGGCAAUAAGAUUGAGGAUGUCAAAAAGAUCAUCAUCGGACAUUUACAUCUUGAUCAUGCUGGAGGAUUGGAUGAGUUUUUCGGUCGUAAGGAUGUUGAAAUUUGGGUGCAUGAUAAAGAAUUGAGAAGUGCGUUUUGGAGUGUGGCUACCGGGGCGGAUGAGGGUGUUUACCUGAAGCACUAUCUCAACCUGGAUCUAAACUGGAAGACUUUUGAUGACAGAACGAUUGACUUUUGUCAAGGUAUUACGCUGCACCACUUACCUGGACAUACCGACGGCUUGAUUGGCAUGCAGAUCAACUUGCCAGACAGCGGCACCUUCUUUUUCAUCUCUGACCAUUGCCACGUCAUCGAGAAUUGGCGAGAUGGUAUUCCACAAGGUUGGCUUGCUCGAGAUCACCCAGCAUGGUUCCAGAGCACACAGCGUCUCAAGCGCCUGGAACGAACAACUCGAGGUAGGGUGAUUCCGGGACAUGACGAAGAGACUUUUUUGGCACUGCAGAAGGAGAAGGAUGUUUUUACCUGAACGUGGGAGACUAUGAGCUUGCUCUUGUAAUGAUAAAUGCUGUACAUAUUUCAGACAUACGUGUGUAAGGGUAUUGAAUCGAUCGGAGUAAUUUUGACAUUUGGUGUGGUCUCUAAAUGUAUGAUUCGGCAUGACUGGGAGGUU